CCGCGCGGUUGCCUGCUGUCUCCUGGGUUGACAGAGCUCGACGCUCUCUUUCUUGCUUACCACCUCCACUCUCUAAGUUUCUGCCAUUGGUGCUGGCACACCAUUCUUUUUGUAGCUUUUAUUCCAAUCCAGGCGCACGAACUCCACGCAGGUCAAGACAGCCAUGAACACUCGCAAUCUCCUCUUCUACUCGCUGAAUGCCGUGCGUGCGAUCAGCAUCAUCUCGCUCCUCCUCCUGUUCGCGAGCACUAUCGUUACUAUGGUUUACGAUGUCCGCGCUGUCAAUGCCUUCAUUGCUGCAGGGAAGACCGAGACAUCAUCCAACUCGACUGGGAUCGACUGCUCUGUAGAUGACUGCGACUACAUCGAGGGCAGUACGGUGCCUAACCAACCCGCGGGUGCCUUCUGGGCGAUACUCAACUGGCUGCUCGUCAUCUGGCAGGUCAUCGUGUGCAUCCUCUCCGAGUUCGGCUGGCCUGAGGUCUUCUUCUCGUCCUUCUUCCCCAUCCUCGGGCCCGACUUCGGGCUCGGCGCGCUUGGCGUGAUUCAGUGUCUGCUCGGGGCGGCCGUGCUCUCGCACCACGUCCCAGAGCUCAUGCUCGUCGCGGCCUUCUUCGUCUUCGCGGUCGGCUGCCUCAACAUCCUCUUCGGGCUCAUCUUCCGUGAACGCGCGAAGCGGCACCGCAGCGUGCGCGCGUGGCGUGAGGCCGGCCGCGACGUGCUCCCCACGGCCGCGACGCCCCCGGGCAUGCUGUACACCGGUAGUGACGCGUCCCGCUCGGGCAGCUUCUCGAGCGACAAGACCGGUCUCGGCUUCGGACGCCAAGGGGUGAAGUGGGCGGAGGCGCAGGGCUACGUCGUGCGCGAACCCGACGAGGCCGUCCCGCCUUACGCGUCCAAGCCGAGCUCGCACGCGUCGCGGAGCAGCGGUUCCGCCUACUCUGGCGGCUCGCGUCCUGCAUCGGAGGCCGGGGGCGAACCUGAUUAUGAACACGAACACGAGCACGAACACGAGAACGAAGGCCAGUACGAGGACUAGAAAUGAAGCUUCUUCCCUCCACGAACCCAACCGCAGCCUUCGAUGCUGUUGGUCACCCACCUAUCUUCCCCUAUCUCUGGGCAAUUGUGCCUUGACGAUGGCUCUAUAUUGUCCAUGUUCAUGUCUUCUACCCGCACGACUACUGUAUUAUAAUUAUUACUCAUGUAUUAUUAUCCUACGUACUGUGGGUUGUUACGUGUAGCUCCAGUCACCAUAUGCUGAUUUGGAGCACUGUUGGCUUGACUCCAAGCAACGGGAGACAAAGCGUCCCAAUUACUCGAUGGCAUGCUGAAGUCCGUUGCUAGCUGGAUUACAACAAA